AAUAACAGCAUGUAUAUUCUUUUAUAAAAAAAGUUGCCUGAAUUUUUUGCUGAUCCAUUUUUUUUGUCAAGAUCGAAAUGGGAAUGAAGAAUCACGAAUUGGUGCCAGGGUCCUUGGUAGCACAAAUAGCUAAUCUUCGUCACGGAGGGGUACACAAGCUCCUAAAGGAACUGAGUAAACACAGACUGGUCAGUUACGAGCGAGGAAAACACUACGAUGGGUAUCGUUUGACAAACGCUGGCUAUGAUUACCUGGCACUGAAGGUCUUGGUUUCACGUGGGAUAGUCUCGUCCUUUGGAAAUCAGAUUGGUGUCGGCAAGGAGUCCAACAUUUAUGUUGUUGCAGACGAGAGAGGGCAUCCAGUGUGUCUGAAACUACACAGGCUAGGUAGGACU